GUUGAACAAACUUGCUUUCGAUUCGAGCUCGAGCAGCCAAACAAGUCUUCACGUCAGUCGAGUCCGCCCCGUCGCGCCAACUGCUGCGGUCGCGCCGCGCUCUCCCGCCAAAAUGAUAUGCCAAUUUAGUUACGAAAACACAUGUGCACUAAUCAUCACAGUGAAUUAGAAAGUGGCGUCAACUGUAAUUUUUAAUUAGUGUAGAAAUUAACAGUUUUAUUUUUAAAUCAGUGCAACAGUUUGUGUUAAGUGUUAUUUUUUAUUUGACAACACAAUGAGAAGUGUUCUCGUAUCGGAGCGUAUGUUGAACGUGUACAAAUUAGUACUAAUAGAAAAAUGUUGACAGGAUUGUUGUUUAUCUGUGCAGUACUCCUCUAUACAGUCCCUGCGGGGCACUCAUCUAGUCUACUAUGCGGUCGCACCAAAGAAGUGGAGCUGGGCGGGGCAUCGGCCACGGGAGCCCUGGCGCUGGCGCUGCUCCGCCCGCCGUCCCAGGCCUCGUCCCGGGCCUCCUGCCAGCUGCGCCUGGUGGCUCCCGACGCGGCGGCGUUCACCGUCAGACUGAUCGAUGUUAAGGAGUCACUAUUCGACUGGGAGCGAGGGCAGACGGACGUGCACGCGCCGGCGCCCGUGGCGGGGGCUCCGGUCCGCAAGUGGAGCGCCAGCAGCCCCGCCGCGCAGGACACCUCCACUGACCAGGCCGUCGGCGCCAGCGGCGGCGGGAACGCCACUGAUGCGUGCAAGCUGUUUAUUUACAUCGGCGAGUCCAAGAGCCCGAUCUGGCGGCUGUCAUUAUGCGGGGCCAACGCGGCCGCCGUGGCCGCGCGCGCCGGCACCAAGCUGUUGCCCCCGCGGGUGCGCCUCGUGUGGAACCCCCCCACCACCCCCUACCACCACACGGAGAAGCUGAGGCUGGUGGUUACCGCUGUUAAUAGUGGUGCAAUCUGCAACAACGACUCCCAAUUCAUGUGCGGAGUGUCCAGCCUCUGCAUCAGCUCGUACCUAGCGUGCGACGGCGUGCGGCACUGCGGGGGCGGCGAGGACGAGGACGCGGGGGCCUGCGCGCGCCGCCGCGCCCCGCCGCUGCUGGAGCUGCUGCGGAGGGUCGCCGCCAGGAACCAGGAGCUGCUGGGGCUGGACCAGAGCGACGCGGUUACUAAGCCGAGCGUUAUAAGUGAUCUGAAACUUUCAGUGCACAUCACGGAGCGGGAACAGAAGUCGAACGCCCUGAUGGAGUUCGCGGCGGCGCUGAAGCCGUACGGCCCGUGGAGCUACCUGGUGGUCGGCAUGCUGCUGUGUGCCACUAUACUCAUGUUCUGUCUGGCUUGGGAAUGCUGCUGCAAACGCUCCAAGCCAUCAGACACGCCGCUCAACCACAUCCCAGCUUCAUGCAUCGACCUGUCCCCAACUGUCACCGUGACGGCUGCGUCCGCGCACAUGCUGACCCCCGCCCCGCCCGCCUCGCCCCCCGAGUACGAGCCGCCCCCCUCCUACUCCUCCCUCUUCCCGAGGGCCUACAAGUCGUCGCCAACCCCCGUACCACACUGCUCCCAUGAAGAGCCGCCCCCCGACUGAACAGUCGAGACCGGAACAGUUAUGUUAAUGUAAAAGCGAAUUUAGUAAAUAACUUCACUCAAUUUCUGUUUUUAAAGUUAAUUUGAAAAGUGCGAGGUCGAUUGAAGUUGUAUACUCCGUAGUGUAAGUAGAUAGCCAUUUUAAAAUAUUGUGACGUCAUAGUAUUGUUUUUUGUACUUUUGGUGCCAGGUGCAUUAACUAAGGUGUCAUUUGUUAUUGUUACGUUAGCGAAUGCCUUUGCAAUAUGUGUCUUUUCCUGAUCAGCCAACCAUAGCGGAUAAGCUACACCUAGAACAGUUAAACUACCCAUAUAAUGUUAAAAUGUCUGGAUUUUUCUUUAAAUGUACCUACCUAUGUUUAAUGAAUAAUAUUUUUCACAUUUACUAGACACUACUUACAUGGACUAAAUGGACGAAUAUUACUGACACGGCAUAACUAGUAAUAAUAAUCAAAAGGUGUAUUGUAACGGUUUUCUGACCAUGGAAUUAGUAAAUAGGUAGGCACGGUCAGCUGCAUAAGUAGUAUAUGUACCUACACUUUUGUUCCUUGUCAUACUACCUUCACAACAAACCGUCAAUGUUUGAAUAGGCAGUUUGUGAGUUUGACAAGGUACAAAAGUGUACAGCUACUUAUGCAGCUGACCGUACCUACUAAUGGUGAUCUGACAUAAUAUUGACAAAUGAGAUAGAAAAUAAUUAAGCUAAUAACUUCAUUAGGUACUCGACAUUUUUUGAAUAAUGAUGGAAAAUUAUUAUCCACUGAUGAUGAGGACCGACUUACUUUACUUUACAAUAAUACCUAACUAGUCUUCUUUAGAUAUGAAACUUAUAUUAAUUCAGUACCUAGGUAGCUUAUAAGAUAUACAUAAUUAUUAAUUAUAUAUUAUAUUUCAUUUGCGUAACAAUUGUGAAUAAAACGACGGAAUGCUAUGGGUAUUGAUAUUACUUACUGAAAAGUGAUAUAAAGUGAAAAUGACUAAGUAUUUAAGGAAUAAAUAUUUAUUUUAAAAAGUG